UUUUUUAUAUUUGUCUCGAGAGUGCGAGCUAUUCUCGUGCCAUGUUACAAGGAUUCCUCCAGCGGAUCGACCAGCUAGGAAUCCGGCACGCUAUUUCAGGCUUGUUGGACCUCCUGAUCGCAGUUCUAUUUCUACAAGACUGCUAAGAGCAUUGUAGUCAAUAGCUCACUCCUCAACUUGCCAGUCCUGUCCAUUCUCAGUCGCUUCGAUAUCAUGGCUCGCUCAGGCUACCAGGUUACACAGAACGUCGACAACUUCCUGCGGGACAAGCCCAGCACUCGUCUGCAUGCGCCACCAGGUGGAGGUUCGUCAGUGGGGUCUUUGAUCUACGGCGGUGGUGAUGGCUCAAGUCCGUUCGCUGGUCACGAGCGCCAGUCGAAUCGCCGUAAGGUAGAGAGCCCUGAGCUGUCCAACCCGUACGCGAAGGACACUCGCAGCACUAUCAACCAACCUGCAGCCCAGCAAUCUCAGCCCGCAGCACGUGCAGGAGCUUCCUCGAACCAAUACGCUUGCGGUGCCAACCAGAACUCAGGCAACGUGCUGACCGACCGUCGCAUCACAAGGAUCCACGCCCCUCCCGGUGGCGUGUCUUCGAUUCGCUUUGGUUAGGAUGUUACUAGUAGCUUAGCUUCUUCAUACGUACCCUGCUAUCAAUGAAACGACGACACAUUAGCCA